AUGUCGUACACAACGACAAAAAUCGCGUUAGUUUUGCGAUUUGAAUAUCAUUUUGUUCAUAUGGCGCACCGUUUAAAUCAGCUGCGUACGUCAACUUCUACGACGCAUGACCAAUUUCUUUCCUCCUCGACUACUCUGACUUCAUCUCCCCGUACACCAGGAAAAAAAAUACCGAAGGGUGAUCCAAUUGUAACUGGAAUUCGACUUCGACCAUUUCUCGAACGAGAAUCUGCAAUUGAUGAUACGCCUGCUGUACAAAUCUUUGAAAAUAAUGUGAUUUGUACACAGAAUAGUCGACCACAGAUAUUUAAAUUUACCAAUUGUUUCGAUGCUUCUUCUACUAAUAAAUAUGUCUAUGAUGGAAUGAUUCUCGAUAUACAAUUAUCUUUUAUCGAUAUAGGAUACAAUACGACGGUCUUAGCUUAUGGUCAAACAGCAUCAGGCAAAUCGCAUUCGAUAUUUGGUUCACCAUCUGAAGAAGGCAUCUUAUCAUUGAGUAUUCAUGAUUUAAUAACAAUGAAUGCUAAAAAUCAUCUAAAAUUCGAAUUAAGUUUUCUGGAAAUUUACAACGAGAAAGUAACAGAUUUACUUGCAACUCCUCCAUUAUCAGCUGAUACAUCGAAUACAAAAUCUGCAACAAAAACUUCGACCACAUCAUCAUUCUCCAAAAACGCUCGCACACACAUUCUGAAUAAACUAGUUCCAACGUCGAACUCCAAUAACACAUCAUCCUCCCGUACGCUGGAAAUUCGUGAACAUCCUCUACUUGGUCCAUAUGUACCCGAUUUAAAAUACAUCCAAGUGAAAAGCAAAGAAGACUUCCAAAAUGUUCUCAAUCUUGGCAACCAACAACGAUCGGUUGCAUCAACAAAUGCAAAUCAACGCUCAUCAAGAUCUCACGCAAUAUUUACUGUGAAAAUCAGUCGAACAGAUGUACCACAAUCGACGGCACCCGUACGUUUAUCAUUCAAACCGAGUACAACGAAUUCGUCAACAAAUAUCAACAAACUUGCAACAUUGACGAGCUCAUCGAAGAAAAGUGCCAAACAACAAGCACAAGAAGAAAUCGAUGCACAAGCUGUACGACUGAAUUUCGUCGAUCUAGCUGGAAGCGAAAAAUCACAACAAUACAAUGGUCCUCAAGGAAAAAAUGAUCGUUUUGCAGAAAGUGUACAUAUCAAUCAAUCGUUAUCUACCCUUCGGAAUGUCAUCGAUGCAUUAUCACGUCAACAACAUCACGUUCCCUAUCGUGAUUCAAGUUUAACAUAUCUAUUAAAGAAUAGUCUGGGCGGUGACGCGAAAACAUUCAUGUUAGCCACUAUAAGUCCCUCGUCGACAGUCAUUGAUGAAACAAUCAAUACAUUACGUUAUGCAGGUCUCGCAUCGACCAUAACAAACAUACCGCGAAUCAAAACUCCUCAUCUUCGUCAUGAAAUCGAUGAAUUACGUGAAGAAAACGCUCGAUUGAAACAAGAAUUAUUUCUUGUAAAAUCCAAGUCGAUGCCGUCAAUUCAUGCAACAACAGCAACGAUUAGUAAAACAUCACUGACAAAUAUCGAUGAAGGCAUUCAGACCAGUUUUCAAGUCGAGUCUUCACCACCGAAUGACGAAUCGAAUAGUGACGAAACACUCGAUAUUGUUGAUGAAGAAAUUUUAGCACAAAUCGAAAAUCAAUGUCGCCAUCCGAAAAGACAACGAUUAUCCGAACAACCACUUCACGAAAUCGCUAAAAUACGUAAAAUUGAUGAUACAAUGAUUCAUCGACGAUUAGGAACAAUUCUCAGUUGCGUUACCGACGAUUUCUCAAUCACCAAUGACAAUGGUAUUCUUGUUGUUUCAAAUGAAUUAGAUAUCGAUAUCAAAAGAUCAUCUUCAGCAUGGAUAAAAGCGUUAGAAAGAUUCGAUCGAGACGUCAAUAUGAAUUCUAUGACAAAAAAAGAAAUUCUUCCUUCUUUAAAUGCUCUUUUUGAUACAAACCAAGACUAA